AUGUAUCCCUUGUGCUUAAUGUCACUAGAUAAAAGAUUUAUCUCUCAAUUCAAAGAGAACCAAAUUUCAAUCUUCAAACCAUAUUCCAAGUACCCGGGAUCUCAGAGAGACAUUUCCUUUUGGUUACCAAAAACCGAAGAUGGAAAUCUCGUCAAACUUCAUGAAAAUGAUUUGAUGGAAAUUGUUCGUGAAAAUGCUGGAGAUUUGGUUGAAAGUGUCAAAUUAACAGAUGAAUUUGUCCAUCCAAAAACCGGAAAACAUUCUCAAACCUACCGUAUUAAUUAUCAGUCCAUGGACCGUAACAUAACUAACGACGAAGUAAAUGUAAUGAAUGAUAAAACCAGGGAAGAGCUUGUUGAGAAGUUUGGUGUUCAGUUACGUUGA